AUGCGUUUCGAAUGGCUUUUGAUAUUGUUGUUAACAUUCGUCGAAGCUGGACGAGAUUUUUAUAAAAUUUUGAAUGUUCCACGCAAUGCUAAUGUCAACCAGAUCAAGAAAGCCUAUAGGAAACUGGCCAAGGAGCUGCAUCCCGAUAGAAACAAAGAUGAUCCAAUAGCUGAGGAACGUUUUCAAGAUCUGGGAGCUGCUUAUGAGGUAUGUUAACGCGUUUUUUAUAUUUUUUUGGAUUUUAGGAAAAAAUUUCUAUUGCUUUACUUGUAAAGCUUUUGGAUUGUUUAUUUUUACCCUUGGUGCUAAAAAACUAAGGGUUUAAGAAUGAAAAAGAUCUAGAAAAAAACUAUAAAAAGAUUUAUUACUUCAAUUUUAGGUACUAAGUGAUGCCAAAAAGCGUAAAGUCUACGACAAGCAAGGUGAAGAAGGUGUGAAGAGUAUGGGAGAAGGUGGAUUUGGCCGUGGAGGGCACGAACCAUUCGCCAGCUUCUUCGGAGACUUCUUUGGCGGAGGACACGAGGAAUCAGACGAAGUGCCUAAAGGAGCUGAUGUUGUUAUUGAUCUAUAUGCCUCAUUAGACGAAGUUUACAACGGAAACUUUGUAGAAUUAAAGAGAAAGAAGUCUGUGUACAAACAAACUUCAGGGACGCGUGAAUGUAACUGUAGGCAUGAGAUGAGAGCUCAACAACUUGGUGGUGGACAUCUUCAGAUGUUCCAAGUUCGGGUUUGUGACGAAUGUCCGAAUGUGAAGCUAAUUCAGGAGACCAAGAUUUUGGAGGUAAGUAAAAAUGAUUAUAUUAAUGUGGUUUUUGGUUAUUUGACAUUAGUUUACUCGGUUUUUUAGGUCGAAAUUGAAGUAGGAGCCGAUGACGGACAUCAACAACGAUUCGUAGGCGAAGGUGAACCUCAUAUUGAUGGUGAGCCUGGAGAUUUGGUCGUGAAGCUAAAACUACAGAAACAUAACGUAUUUGAAAGGCGGGGAAUGGAUCUAUACACAAACGUGACCAUUUCAUUGCAACAAGCUCUAUCAGGCUUUGAAUUGGAUAUUCCUCAUCUAGAUGGCCAUAAAGUACAUGUUUCAAGGGAAAAAGUAAGGUUUAAAGGCAUUAUUUUUUGCAUUUUCAGGUGAUAAAUGGAUUAGAAGAGGCGUAUCUAUUUAUCGUGUUAUAACCUACAAGUUUUUAUUAAGUUUUUCUAUUGUAUCUUCCAUAUUACCUAUUGUAACUUCUAGGUAACUUGGCCAGGUGCUCGUAUCCGCAAAAAGGACGAAGGCAUACCAUCGUUGGAAGACAACAACAAGAAAGGCAUCUUAUACAUCACAUUCGAUGUGGAAUUCCCACAAGGACAGUACAAUGACGAGCAGAAGAAGUUGAUCGCCGACCUACUACAACAAUCGGAUCACCAACCCAAGAUAUACAAUGGCCUUCAAGGCUUCUAG